UGAAACAACUGAAUCAGAAAAAGAAUUCAAGAAUUGAUUGAUGUAUGGUAAAUUUAUGAGUUCUUGCAAAAAUAGUUUCGUCUCGAGAGUUCAGUUAGUCGAUUGAAAGCCUUUACGGCAUAUCUCAGCCAUCUCGUCAGAAUAUCGGCGGCGGUGUGGAGGGGUGCGGAAGCCACACCGAUCAACGAAACUUCCCUACUUCUGUGGCCAUCAUCGUAUCAGUAUAUAUCUCUCGCCCUCCCUCGCUAUCUAUCUGUGGUUUCAGUUUUUCCAAACAGCGCUUACUCCGGACAGAACCGCCUACUUCAGAUAGGCCUCCUACUCAAGACACCGCUUAUCAACAAUGAAUGAUCAAAUUUAGCAAUAUCAUAAUGGAACCAUCAGCUGAGGCAGAAUAUGCGGCAUUCCAAGAAAAGGUCAAGAGGACGAUUUACCUUGACAAUCUCUCCCAUCAGGUUACUAAAGCUGUUCUAGAAAAUGCUCUCAAUCAGUUUGGGAACGUCAUGAAUGUUCAGUUUAUUCCCGCCUACUUCAUGUCCAGCAUUUGUGCUGCUUUGGUGGAGAUGGAAAGCAUAAAACAGGCUGAAGAAAUCAUUCGUGAUGUGGGUGAAUCCCCUUUUAUGAUAUCUGGGAUGCCAAGGCCUGUUAGAGCACAAAAAGCCCAAAUGGAAAUGUUUGAUGAUCGUCCUAAGAAGUCUCAUAAAAGGAUAGUAUGCCAUUGGAUGGACCCAAGCCAUCCAAACUUUGAGGUGGCAAAGAAGUUUAAGAACCUGACGAAAAAGCAUGCUGCCGAGGCCUCAUUUCUAAUGGAGCAACAACUGGCAGAAGAAGAGAAGCUGCAUAAUCAGCAGGCAGAAACUUUGAAAGCAAAUUACAAGAAGUAUGAACUGAUUGAUGGUGCACAAAACGACGGAACUGUUAAGCGAUUGGCAGCCUGUUAUAACACAAAACUCAUGGAUGGUUGAUAUGAUACCUAUUCCUUUUGCCUUUAUCACAUUGUUCCCAAACUUCCAAAUCUACUCAUCUGUGCUGUGAUAUGUCAAAGGUCACUUUUAGAUUUGUGCAACAAAUGAUGCUGCUUCUAA